AUGUCCGAUAUCGAAACCUUCGCGGGCAACUUUGUCUGCUUCGAGCUACAGGCACCCCCGGGGCAGGAGGAAGAAGCAGUUCGCAACAGUCUCGCCGAAAACCCACGCAACGGAGUCAUCACCACGGGCAGACUGCCUGGCGAUGAAUCCAGUGAAUCUGCGGGUGUCUGGAUUGCCGGCGAGGGUGAGCCGUCCAAACUGGCCCUUAACAGCGGCAAGCUGUGGGCGCGUGGGCGAACCCUGAAGAUCCGCUUCCUCGCCGGCUCGGAAGGACUGAAGCGAAAGGUUCGGCGCUAUGCAGAGACCUGGCAGCUCUUUGCCAAUAUUCGGUUCGAUUGGAUUGAAUCUGGUCCGGCAGAUAUCCGCAUCGACUUUGCCCAAGGGGGGGCUCAUGGUCCUAUUGAGCCCAAACCGACCAUGAACUUUGGGUGGUUGACCGACCGAUCGGCCGAACAGGAGAUCCAGCGGGUUGUGCUCCAUGAGUUUGGCCAUGCCCUAGGUUGUGUGCAUGAGCACCAGUCUCCGCUGUGUUCGAUUGACUGGAACACGGAGCGCGUCUAUGCGGACAUGGCCAACCCACCGAAUAAUUGGAGCCGAGACCAGACGGAUCGUAAUAUCAUCCGUCAUCUGAGUGCGUCGGAGGUCACCGCUCGACUUUUUGACCCGGACUCCAUUAUGCUGUAUCAAUAUCCGGGAACGUGGAUGAAGAACUUCGGGCGAGAGGGCACCAAGAUGAACACGGCGUUAUCCAAGGAAGACAAGGCAUGGAUUCAGUUCUGCUAUCCCGCCUACCCGACCGACGUGGGUGUAUUCAAUACUCUGGAGAAACGCCCGUCGGUGGAGGUCGGGGACGAAGUGGAUAGCAAUGAUAUCGCUUUUGAACCCCCCUACUCUCUGCCUCCCAAGCUGGCGAUGGGCUUGACUUGGGUGGAUAUGGACCAUCAAACUGAUCUUCGCAUCACGGCGGAGUCAGAUCAGGUCACCAACGAGAGUUUCCGCGUGUCGAUCCGAUCGGGCAAGGAUAUCAAUCUCUUCACGGCCGGGUGUUCGUGGCUGGAGGUCGCCGAUACGGAGUCGGAUCUCCUGGUCGGAGAGUACCAACUGGGUGACCUUUCUGGCUCGACGCCACUGUCCGGGGACAUUAAGACGCGCUUUCGAAAUGACAUUCGGUUCCCUACCAGCUUCGAUGCAAUUCCUCAAGUGUUGGUAUGGUUUCAAGGACUGAAUCUCGCGAAAGAUAAAGCCUGGAAGCUCAACACCUAUGCCUCCAAGGUCAGUCGAUUCGGCUUUACCUUGUGUCUGGAUAUUGGUGAGCAUACCGCACUCUAUGGGGCUCGUAUGACCUGGGUGGCCUUUCCACAAGACAAGCCGACCAUUUUUGGUGGCUCCUUUGGCACUCCGGUGGUGUCGCCCAGGGAGCAGCUGCCCAACACGAACACCGGCUACGUCAAUUUUCCCGAAGGGCAAAUCAAUUCGACGCCCCAGUUGUUGAUGGCAAUCAGCGGGUUUGACUUUGCUCACACUCACAACCUCCGCCUACGUGUGAGUAGCUCGGCUGUCUCCACAGCCGGUAUGUCCUGGCACCUCGACUCAUGGAUGGAUUCUGUCAUGUAUGGUGCAUCGGGCGUGUUUCUGGCGAUCAGCCGCGCCAAUACAGAAUACUGA